AGAACUAAGUUUCACUGAAAUCAAUCAGGCUUACUUUGGGAAGACAUGCAGGUUUGCCGUAUUAAUUUAUCUUUUCAGUGCUGUCUAGGAGCUGGAUGUUGUGAGGUCAGCACUGUUACGCUUUGCCCAGCCUACUUUGUCCUCGAAUGUGUGCCUGAAAAAGAAAGCAAAUGUGUCUUCUUCGUUUCUGUUUUCUCAAAAGGAAGAACAAUGUUUUAGAACAUGUAGCAGACAAGAAUUCUGGCUUCCCAGUUCACCAUUUGCAAGAAGUGACUGGGAAAGAAAUCGUUAGUGAUGAAGGUUCCUUGGUAUUUCCCAUAGUUGAUUUCCCAGAGCCAUUAGUUGAGGACUAUUCCCGAGCAUUCAUUGCACAACACAAUAUGCAGUUUACCUCAGAAGGAUUGCACAGAGUCCUGAGGCAGAAACAAACAGUUGAGUUGGUGCCACUCACAAAGGUUGACUAUGAAUGGAAAGAGAGAGUCUAUUCCUUCUACAUCUUUGGCAAUGAGAAUAAAGUAUAUACCAAAGACUAUCCAGCAAAGUGCUGCUGCUCCAUCAUGUGACAUGAGGACAGUUUUGGCGGCAUUCAGCAACACAGCUGCUCCCUGUUAUUUGUUCUUCACAGCAACUUGCAGAUUUUUAUUUUAUUUUAUUUGCUGAAGGACAUUUUCUGUAUGAUAUUUAGGGAUUCAGCCAUAGUUCAGCACGGUCAAAGUUGAUUGUGGGUGCUAUACACCGGACAUUUGUCUCUAAUACAUGACUGCAUUGGCUGUGCCUUUCAAUUAGGGAGAUGAAGGAAACUAUUUGUUCUAAUGUACGAAAGAGGAUUCAAUGCAUUUGCUUUCUUGUGGUUGUGCAU